UCGUCCCUUUAGGAGGAAGACCAUCUACAAAACAGUUUGCCUCUCCUUCUUGCUGGUGAUUACGGUGACGGUGCUGCAACGGGGAAUGGCCCCCAACCAAUUCAUGCAGGGCCAGCAGCAGAAAGAGCUGGCCCCUCCGGAGCCCCUGAAAAUGCAGAAGAGAGACAACGCCUUCUCCAUCACCAGCACUUUCUGGAAGAGCAAGAAGGAGAAAGCUCCUCUGAAGGAGGAGGAGAGCGUGACGGCAAAGCAAGCAAAAUCCUGGGAUGUCACCACUACCAACUGCUCGGCCAACCAGAACUUCAGCAAGGUGGACUGGUUCAAAGGGCUGGAGCCCAACUUCCAGCAGUUCCUGCUCUAUCGGCACUGCCGCUACUUCCCCAUGCUGAUCAACCACCCCGAGAAAUGCAGCGGGGACGUCUACCUGCUCAUCGUGGUCAAGUCUAUCAUCACACAGCACGACCGCCGCGAGGCCAUCCGGAGGACCUGGGGCCAGGAGAAAGAGGUGGAUGGCAAGAGGAUCAGGACGCUGUUCUUGCUGGGCACGGCCUCCAAGGAGGAGGAGAGAGCCAACUACCAGAAACUGCUGGAUUACGAGAACCACAUCUAUGGGGACAUCUUGCAGUGGGAUUUCCUGGACAGCUUCUUCAACCUCACCCUCAAAGAGGUCCAUUUCUUGAAAUGGCUGAACAUCUACUGUGACAACGUCCACUUCAUCUUCAAAGGUGAUGAUGAUGUGUUUGUGAGUCCCAGCAACAUCCUCGAGUUCCUGGAGGACAAGAAGGAGGGAGAAGACCUCUUCGUGGGGGAUGUCCUCUACAAGGCCAAGCCGAUUCGGAAGAAGGAGAACAAGUACUACAUCCCCAGCGCCCUCUACAACAAAAGCAACUACCCACCUUAUGCAGGGGGUGGGGGCUUCAUCAUGGAUGGGCCCCUGGCCAAGAGGCUGCACAAGACCUCGGAGACACUGGAGCUGUACCCCAUUGACGACGUCUUCCUAGGGAUGUGCCUGGAGGUCCUUAAAGUAUCACCUGUUGGGCAUGAGGGCUUCAAAACUUUUGGCAUUGUGAAGAAUAAGAACAGCAAGAUGAACAAGGAGCCGUGUUUCUUCCGGAGUAUGUUGGUGGUUCAUAAACUGCUGCCUCCAGAGUUGCUCCAAAUGUGGGACUUGGUCCAUAGUAACUUGACGUGCUCGAGAAAACUCCAUGUCCUUUAGCUCAGUCUCUCUGGAGAGCUGGGACUGGAGGGGCCGGGACAGCCGAUCCCUGCUCCGGGAUGGGGUGAGCCUCUGCUGGUGGCACACAAGUCCUGCGGGGGCAUCUCCCUCCGGGGCGAGGAGGGCAGAGACACCGCGCUCGCAGGCAGGGUUUGCGAUAGUGUUUGUUCCUGUACUGUAAUGUGGUUCACUUAUCUCCAGCUGGGUUGGGGGUUGCU